AUGCCUUUAUCCCGACGGGCUGCAGUUCUCAUCUUGCUCUUUGCUGAUUCGAAAGGUGAUCUGCGAGUAGUCGUCACCAUGAGGGCAGCCACCCUUUCCUCCUACUCGGGACAGGCUGCUCUUCCCGGAGGCAAAUCAGAGGAUGGUGAAACAGCAUUUGAGACAGCUCGUCGAGAAGCAUCGGAAGAGAUAGGCCUGUCGCCCAUCGGUGCAAACUUGCCUCCUCCAUUCCGGAUCGAGCAUCUAUGUGAGAUGCCUACCAAUUUAGCUAAGACAGAGCUUGUCGUGCGGCCAUGCGUCGCAUUCAUCCAUUCGCAUGAUCCUGAGACAGGGCUUGAUGCCAGUGUCGCCGACAAGCUACUUCCCGUCCUCGACGCGCGGGAAGUUGCUGCCGUCUUCUCAGCACCUUUCAAAAACUUCCUCUACGCCGAGGAUCUCCCAUCUGAAGGCGGCCCUGGGAACCCAAGGAAUUGGUACAAAGGCAUGUGGACGGACUGGCAUCAAAGUCGCUGGAGAAUGCACAAUUUCUUUGUUCCCGUUACGAAUCAGAUCGUUGCCAAGCCAAAGAAAACCGAGGGGCAGAAGCAAGCCGCCGACCAUCUCGAAGCUUUGGAACGCUAUCGGGUCUUUGGUAUGACUGCACGCAUACUCGUCGACGCCGCGAGGUACGCCUAUGAACAGGAGCCGACGUUUGAACACAAUUCUCAUUUCGGAGAUGAAGACAUGAUUGGCCGCUUGCGGCGAAUAGGCCGUUUGGGCGACCUAAGGAAGCCCACCGACGAGCUCACGAAGGAAGAUCUUGCCAAAGCAGCAAGUUUGUGA